GGAAAAAAAGGAAGUUGCUGCCUGUCGUCAUAGCAACGCUGUAAGCUACCUGUAGCUAAGCAAGGCUAACCGCCGCGCUGACUGUACAAGGUAAACCUCUGAACUUCAGCUGCAGCGGAGUCACCGAGCAGAACAGAGCCGGGACCUUUCGGAUUUAUUCCAGAAGUUAAAAAUGCAGGAAGAAUCGUCCAGAUCAAGUGAUCCAGACGCCACGAAUACAGCCGGGAAUUCCAGGUCUUCUUGUCCGCAAUGCAACGAGCAGCUUCUCAAACCAAGGCCUCCAAAAAGUCAUCCAAACCCGGAGCGAGGAGAAGUGCUAAACGGAGACGGAAAUGUCACGGAAGCGGCUCCUCCAGCGAAAGAGUCUCCGCACUUGGACAUCUCAGAAUACCUUCGAUUUGACGAGCAUGGGAUGAUUCUUCCGCACUGCAUCCUUGGCAGCUUAGAUGAUUUUCAAACGUAUUUGGAGGCCAGGGGGGAGAAACAUCUGUUAAAGCACUUUCCGAAGCCUUUGAGAGAUCCCGCAUCUGAAGCCAACAUGGAGCCUCGCACAGACAGCAGCGAUGGAGAGAUUUCACACCAGAGCAAUGCGCUUCAGAACUGGGAUAAACACAUGACAUAUCGCAGACGGAAGCAGAAAGAAUUGUCUGACUCGCUCAACUGGCCUGUGGAAAACCUGCUGAUGAAUCAGGACAAGCAUUUGAGAGAGACAAAGGAGCAGAAGGAAAUUCUAAAUCAAGUCAUGCCGCUCGCCUACUCUGGAUACGGGUACACUGUGGGCGGCGAGUUUUGGAGCCUCCCGCUGCGUCUCGGCGAUGAACUGACCGGUAUCGCGACCACACUGACUCAGACCGAGCGAGGCCUAAAGAAACCCAUCACACACGUGGGACACCCAGGCACCAUACACAGGGAAAUGGGAAUCGUUUCUACUGAGAUCGAGCGUCCAGCUACUCGACCCUGGGCUCAGAGUGCUUUCCUGCAACGCAGGACGCAGGAGCUUGAACACAUUGUGGACGACGUGGACUUGAAAAAUCUAGAUAUGAGUCAACUGGAGGUGAUAGGCACCGGAAAGCUGCACACUUCCUUGUCGGAGCGCCAGGAUCUCUUACUGCAGAAUGAGGAGAAGGAAAACGUUGUUAUGGAGGAUGAGAAAUUUGACAGAGACUCACUGGAGGGAACUGAUGACGAUCAAGCCCAGGCUUUGCCCUAUCCUGCUUUGAGGAUUAACGGUCAGCUUGCUGAAUGGACUGGACACCCAACGUCUGAUAAGGGAGAAGUUGGAGUCAGUACCUCCGUGCUGUUCAAAACCCAGACCGGGGAAAUUGUCUCAACCGACAUGGAGCUGCGCAACGAAGGCAACACCGUCAUCUUUUACAGCUGGAAGAAGCUUCCGAGACGACUAAGUCUGUCUCACCUGUACCAGCAGAAGGACCGUGUGCGCUUCUACUUCAGAUCCUCCUCUGGUGUGAUUCAUCCCAGCGAAACCCAGCAGCUGGAGUUCAUAUUUAAGUCAGAGGAGCAAGGUCUCUGGACUGAAAUCUGGGUACUCAACACCAUCCCUGUGUUGUUGCGAGGAGCCUCGAUUCAGAUCAGGCUGAGUGGGGUGGCCAUCAAACUGGACCAAACUGCAGAUCAGAGGAGCUUCUUAGAGAACAAGCUGGAAAAGAUUGUUGUGGAAAAGUACUGCCGAUCGAUGUUGAACGGGCUCGUCAGGGUUAUCUACGUCCCUGAAAGGCCCAAGUCACCUGCAGAGCUUUACCUCACUGAAGAACAGCUGUUCCAGAACAAAAACCCCAGGUUGCGGUACCAUUACCAGCCAGUAGAGGCCCUAAAGACACUGUGGCAACAGGUGAAUCCUGAGGGCACCUGGGAUCUCUCUUUUAACACUCUUCGACAGGCUGUAUUGUCUCUGCCUGAUGAGGAUCCUAUCAAAGAAGAGAGCAUUUCCCAGCUCAAGUCUCUGCAUCUGCAACUUUGUGAUCCUCCCGCUAGAAAACACCACCUUCUAACUCCGGCAAUUAUUGGGCGACAACUGUGGAUAAACCUUCUGGACUUGAUGGGAACUGAAGCCUGCAGGCUCAGAGCUGCGAUGGGCCUUCCAGAGAAAGAUACUUGGUCUGAUGUGGGAUCUCUGUCGCCCUCCGAUGAAAGGAGAGACUCAUUGGGUGGAGCAGAGAAGAGAAUGAAAAUGAAGGAACUCGGCAGAUCAGACUCCAAAGAGUAUGACAGCUCGUUAGAGUUCUGUGUCACGAAGAACAAAAGAACGGAUCACGCAGGCAAGCGUUCCAAAGACAGACAAAAUAAGGAGUCUGAGUCUGAUUUUAGUUUGUUGUCCGACCUCGAAAACGCAGAAGAAGAAACCCUCUUGAUCUACAAAAAAGCUUUGCAUAAAAAGGUUUAUAUUUGGAUGGAAGAACUUGUGUGCAAUCUGUGUGACCUGAUGGAAGAGAUUAAGGUGGGUGAUGGACAGACCCCACACUGCUGCGCCUGAAAGGCAGGCUGGGUGAAACGAGGAAGGACUAAACAAUCAGACGUGACUUUUGUUGACGAAUCAAUAAAGUUUGUUUUACUGAA